UAUAUAUAUAUAGUGUGUGUGUGUGUGAGAGAUGUCCUACAUAAUAGAAAUACUCUUCUAGCUAGAUCUGCUUUUUAUCUUCCAUGAUAAUUGUUGUCGUCUAACAAUAAUCUUUCACUACAUGAUGUACCAAAUUAUAUUAGGUGUUACUUCUAUAUUACAAAUUUGCCAUUUAAACCAAUAAUAAUUUGAAUCCAGAUUUUGGAGGUUUUUCUCCAAAAUUUGUUUUCUCGUUUUCUUCUAAUUGUGUCAGUUCGUUAGAUCAUACCUGUCUAUUAGUCUAUACACAAUUGUAUUAUCUAUAUCGUGAUGCUGCUGUACCAAAGUAAUAUCGGGGAUUACGUUCAAAUUUUCAUAAUUUUCUUAAAAAUUUAAGCCAAAAGUUCAAUUUUUCCUAUAUCGCUUUCCUCACUUCAGUAUGUUGAUUUCAUUGACAUUAUAUUAUUGUACAGAAGACAUAUUCGUAGUUUGAAAAUAGAUAUCAUAUUAGGUUAUAUAUAUAUAAUUUGACUUCCACACAAAAUGGGGAAAUGAUUAAUGCAUAAUUUAUGAAAAAUGCUUAAUUUAAUCAUAAAUAUGCAUUUUCUCGUUGACUAGUACUGAUACACGUUGGAAUAGAAUUGGUGUUUGGUCAAGUUAGUCGAAAAAUAUUUUCUUAAAAAAUAGACAGUAGAAAGAAAUGGAAAAACUAGAAGAAAAGUAAGCAAGAACCUUGCUUCCUUCCACCUCUUCUCCUUUCAUAUAUGUUAUCACCUUUCCCUUUUGCCUAAGCUUUUAAGAUUCGUUGCUAAUCGCUUAAUGACUCAAUUACCAUUACACGCUUUGUCCUCUUUCAUGUGAUUUCUCGUUCUGCAGUGGCAUGCCUGCCGACAAUUUUAAGUCUUUUCAGGGGCUUAAUAGUAAUAUAUAUGCGGGAGAGAAAUCAGAACAACUCUUGUCUCGCGUUAUUCAAACCCUAGUUUGAAUUCACCUUAUAUGUCCAUUCUUUCCUGCGCUGCUUGCACAAAGGGUGAUUUGGUAAUCUCAUACCUCGUGACCGUUCUGCAUACAACUUUGGGUUUUACUUUAUUAAUGAAAUGCAAGAGUGUGUGAAUUUGAAAAUCUCACUCUGAUUUUCCUGUUUUUCCUUUUCUCAGGCUCAUUCUUCUUAUUAACUAGUAGAUCUCUCUUUUGUUUAACAUCUCAUUCUUCUUCUUCUUCAUCUUCUUUAUUUUAUUCUGUGUUUUCUGCUAUCUCGCGUCUCUGACCAGCUCCCGAGUUGUUCGUUUCUGGUUAAUGGAUAUUGAACCCUCUUGGGAUCUUGGGGGGUGGGUUAUUUAUUUUUCUAAAUUGCAUGGCAACAUCAAAUGACCAAACCAAAACUAUAUCAUCACAUUCUCAUACUCUUCUUCUUUUAAUCAUAUUCUUAUCUUUCAUUCUCUUCAUCAACCUUGCAAUCCCCGUGACUCAUCAUCGGUCCACAUCUAUGGUUGCUCCCUUCAAGAGGGUUCUUCUCGAACCUUCUGUUCCAGCUUCAUCAACAAUGGAUCUGCAUCCAAAGGCUCGCACACGUCGCAGCCAUACUUCUAGAAGGAGAGAGUUUGCAAAUGAUGCUCAUAAAGUUCCUAGUGGUCCAAACCCUAUUUCUAACUAGGUGAGUUGGAGUAUCUGGUUUUACAGUGAGUUUGAAGGAUAAGUGUUAUAGAUCUAUAUAAACAUAUGGGUGAAGCUUCUCAUCGAUGGAGAUUGGAGAAGAACUUAACUGUUAUGAAUUUAGAAUAUAUCUAUGGAUCAUUUUGGUACCGUCAUUUCCUUCUUAAAUCUUUUGUCCAUUAUAUUGCUUUGGUGCCAUGUUUUAAGUUUUGAUUAGAGUUGUAAAGAAGAGAUACUAUUAUUCGUUAAUCGUUUACAUGUGUAUGUAGCCACCUAUGUUUUUGUUGGAACCCAAUUUUUAUAAGCUUUUGAGCUGAGUAAGAAAUUGGAUAAGUGUGAAUAGAAUUUUUAUAAGCUUAA